AGAGAGAGAGAGAGAGAGAGAAAAAAAAAAACACGCCUCCGCCAAAGACUCCAGCAGCGGAGCUGAGGUGAGAUUAUCAGGGAUCUGAGCUGCUGCACUGCUCCUGACGGACGACACGCAGGGGAAUCAUCGCAAUGGGCAGCACCGACUCCAAACUGAACUUCAGGAAAGCGGUGAUUCAGCUGACAACCAAAACGCAGCCAGUGGAAGCCACAGAUGACGCCUUCUGGGACCAGUUCUGGGCCGACACCACCACCACAGUCCAGGAUGUGUUUGCACUGGUGCCAGCUGCAGAGAUAAGAGCUGUCCGGGAGGAGUCCCCUUCAAAUUUAGCAACCCUCUGCUAUAAGGCUGUGGAGAAGCUGGUGCAGGGGGCAGAGUCAGGCUGCCCCACAGAGAGGGAGAAGCAGGCAAUCCUGAACUGCACUCGCAUCCUGACCCGCAUCCUUCCAUACAUCUUUGAGGACCAGGACUGGAGAGGAUUCUUCUGGUCAACGGUGCCUGGUGCUGGGCGGGCUGGGACAGACGAGCUGGACGAUGAUGACGGAGCUCGACCACUGGCCGAGUCGCUGCUCCUGGCUAUCGCUGACCUGCUCUUCUGCCCUGACUUCACUGUGCAGAGUCAUAAGAGAGGCCCUGACUCGGUAGAGAACAUGCAGUCCAUAGACAGCUGUGAAUACAUCUGGGAGGCAGGGGUAGGCUUUGCACAGUCCCCCCCACUCAAUUACAUCCAUGACCUGAACAGAACAGAGUUGCUGAGAUUGUUACUUACUUGCUUUUCUGAGGCCAUGUACCUGCCUCCUUCAUCAGACAACAGUGUCCUCAACCCAUGGGUGACUUUCUUCUGCUCCACAGAGAACAGACAUGCUCUGCCCCUGUUCACCUCUCUGCUGAAUGUGGUGUGUGCCUAUGACCCCGUGGGCUACGGCAUCCCAUACAACCACUUGCUUUUCUCUGACUAUCGGGAGCAGCUGGUGGAGCAAGCCGCACAGAUCCUCAUUGUGACGCUCGAGCAUGACGGUGGGGUUCUCCACCAUCACCACCACCACCACCACCAUCCCGCUUCACCAUCCAGCAUGGAGGAACAAGAGGUACGGCACCAAGACCACACAAACAACACCAAUCCAAGACACGUGUCCGAAAUCUUUCAAAUAAUUCUCUGUGUCUUUGUGCAGUCGCCAGGACCGGAAAACCUGUUUGUCAAUUAUUUGUCAAGGAUUCACAGAGAGGAGGACUUUGACUUUGUACUGAAGGGCCUAGCUCGCCUGCUGACCAACCCUUUGACCCAGACGUACCUGCCUAACUCCACAAAGAAGAUCCAGUUCCACCAAGAGCUGCUGGUUCUCUUCUGGAAGCUCUGUGACUUCAACAAGAAAUUCCUGUUCUUUGUGCUGAAGAGCAGUGAUGUGCUGGAUAUUCUGGUUCCAAUACUCUUCUACCUGAAUGAUGCCAGGGCUGACCAGUCCCGCGUUGGACUCAUGCACAUUGGCGUGUUUAUUCUGCUGCUGCUGAGCGGGGAGAGAAAUUUUGGUGUGCGCUUGAAUAAGCCCUACUCCGUCCACGUACCUAUGGACAUCCCCGUGUUCACUGGGACUCAUGCCGACCUGCUCAUAGUGGUGUUCCACAAGAUCAUCACCACAGGCCACCAGCGUCUCCAGCCUCUGUUUGACUGUCUUCUCACUAUUGUUGUAAAUGUUUCUCCCUACUUGAAGAGCUUGUCAAUGGUUGCAGCCAAUAAACUGCUCCACUUGCUGGAGGCCUUCUCCACCAGCUGGUUCCUGUUCUCUGCAGCCCAGAAUCAUCACCUUGUUUUCUUCCUUCUUGAGGCUUUCAACAACAUCAUCCAGUACCAGUUUGAUGGAAACUGCAACCUGGUGUACGCUAUCAUACGCAAACGUAACGUGUUCCACCAGCUGGCCAACCUGCCAUCUGAUCCCGCUUCCAUUCACAAGGCUUUGCAGAGGAAGAGGAAGUCACCAGAUGUCAUUUCUCGCACAAGCUCCCAGGAGACCGUAUCCAUGGAGGGUUCUCAUCCUGCUGUGCCUGCCGAGCCUGGCACACUGAAGGCCAGUCUGGUCGCUAUACCGGGCAUUGAUAAACUUACUGAAAAGUCACAGGUGUCAGAAGAUGGCACCAUGGUGUCUGUCCCAAAGACAGCUUUCCCACACACUGUCCUCCCAGACCAAAAUGCAGUCAGUGGAACCAGUGACACGGAGUCAAACUCUGGCCGGGACAAUGAAGAUGUUUUCUACACUGAAGCAGAAAUGGAGAGGAGACGUUUAUCAAGUGCAUCUUCUACAUCCCUUUGGGCUCCCGCACCUGACUGGGUGCACUCCUGGAAGUGUAAACUACCUCUGCAGACCAUCAUGCGUCUUCUUCAAGUGUUAGUUCCCCAGGUAGAAAAGAUCUGCAUCGACAAGGGUCUGACAGAUGAAUCAGAGAUCCUGAAGUUUCUUCAGCACGGUACAUUAGUGGGCCUGCUGCCAGUUCCUCACCCCAUCCUCAUCAGAAAGUAUCAGGCCAACGCAGGCACUGCCAUGUGGUUUCGCACUUACAUGUGGGGUGUCGUCUAUCUGCGCAACGUGGACCCUCCUAUCUGGUAUGACACUGAUGUUCGCCUUUUUGAGAUUCAGAGGAUGUAGGCAGACUUAAAAACCUGCGUGUGCCCGUUCAGCACCAGGUCUCCUCUUCCUUUCAUCACCUGCUGGUUUCCAAGUAAACCUCACUGUGUUCAACUAGCCACUGUAACGUUUUUCUGCAUAACGCUUGCUCACUUGGGUAGAAGAGUUGUUCAGAUGAGCGGAGACGAGGCUCAGUGUAAGGACAGCUGACUGAAUUCAUUUUGCUCAUAAAAAUAAAAUACAUUUCUUCAGACCUCAAGACCACAGAAUGUCUGUCAAAUCACCGAGAUGAUUGAGGCAUUUGCUGAAAGACAAGGCUCUUUCUUCAUAGUCCUGACAAAGGAAAUAUCAUUUUAACUUUUUAGAGUCAAAACUAUAGACAAUGUUGUGCUUUCCAACAGAGGCUUGUAACAUACGCAUCUUGGACAGCAGAAUAUUGGUAUUAAAUGUUGUACUUGCCAUGCUUUAAAGUGAACAUGCACUCUUUAAAAAAAAAAAAUUAAAGUAUUGUUAUGGUUUUAGUUUACGUGAAAUUGUAACUGGAUUUUGGAGACAAUACAAAUGUUUUUAUGUAUAUGACAAAGGUUUAUGUUUAGAACUGGCUGAAUAUGCUCAAUGUUGAAAACUGUAAUUUCCUGAAAAUAUAUAUUGAUAAGCAUCUG